UCCUAUUUUUCUUAUUAUUCUUAUUUUUUCUUAUUUUUAUUCUUUUCUCUUUGCAAAACUUUAAAUUAGUCAUGGCUACACACAGGCGCAGGGCCUCAAAGCUAUCCCUCGAGCCAAAUCCCUUCGAGCAGAGCUUUUCGCUGGUCCGCUCAGAGGAUGCCUCGGCAGCGACACUCGUAUCCGAGGAGGCCUCAGACACCACGACAUCAAUGAAAUUCACAUUGCCAUCGAGGGUCUUCCAGCAGCAGCAACAACAACAAAGACAGCGGCCUUUUAGCAUGCCCGUAAGCGGGAGCAAAGUCAGCAACGUUUUUUUGGCUGCAGAGAUGCCACGGCAACAGUACAGAGUCAAGCUGCCGCCGGUGACUGCCCUCAGCGGGCCUCUGCAUGCCACAGAUAUGUCGGGUGUCGGCCCACUCUCGCCGGCUAUGCUCGGUGGGCCGGCGGAGGCUCAGCAGGCAGCAAAGGGCGCGGCGCGCAUAACGCCUCGCCUGAGACUGGCCGAGCCGCUGCUGCACACUGGGUUGACACCAUAUAUCUCUGGUGAAGCGCAGCCAACUGUCGCUGCCACUGAUGGCAUUAAGCUGCCGCUAGCGCUGACCACGCCUGGCAUCCAGGCUAUGAUCAGGGCGACCAUCGAGGGCCAGGAGAUUACAUCAACGCCCGGUGGCUCGCUGAGACUUGGGCCCAUUGCAGAUAGCACCGGGCAGCAAACGCAGCAGCAAAUGCUGCCUGUGGCGUCGAUGGCGUUGACUGCCCCGCCGCAGAUGACUGCCUCGAUGGCCGCUGCCGCUGCGGCUACCAAGCGGCAAAAUGAUUCCACCGCUACACCGCCAGCCAAGGCCAAGCGCUCCAAAGCCGCUGGCGCAGCGUCGAGGAAGAGCAGCACGCCACUGGCCGAGCCCUCAUCCGCCGGAAUUCCAGCAGCAGCAGCGAGGCAACUACCGAGGCGCACGGAGGAGGCCAUAUUGCAGGAUGGCGACUCUGACGCGGAAAACAGCGGCAGCAGCAGCAGCAACGAGAAGCGCAAGCAGUUCCUCGAGCGCAACGCAUUGCAGCGCUCAAAGCUCCAGGACCGCCACGACUAUAUGAAGAUGCAGAACGACAAUCUGCGCGCUGAGUACCUCCAUAUGCGCGAGCUGUCCUUGCAGCUGCGUGCCAUGCUGGCUGCGCACCGCGAGUGCCCUGUGGCCCAGAGCAACGGCGUCUUUGGCGUGGACAAUUUGCCGCAUGGCAUGCCGAAUGCAUCCUGCAGCCCCCUUGCCAAUGCUGUCGACAUGAUGGUUGCCGCUGCCACCGCCGCGGGCAUGGGUGGCCAGCUGAGCGCCUCGCAGAUGGGCCUGCCAACGAUGGCUUUGCAGUCGGCGUCGGGGGUCAGCCCGAGUGCCCAGCAGAUGGCCGCUGCUGCUGCCGCCGCUAUGAUGCCGUUCUCGCAGGCGGUUGCGGCGGGAUCCGCGGCCGCUCAGGGCUUUGGAUCAUGAGCGAGCAUAUGUGGCCAUAUGAACCAAUAUUAUUUUUGAUUACAAUCGUCGAGUUUUAUUUUUAUUUUUUUCUUACUUUCAUAUUGUAAAUUUUCAUCCGAUCACUCCUUUUCCAACUGAACACACACAUACCACAUAUGAAUAAUAAAAAUAAAAAGUAGAACACGGCUUUCACGUAGUCAGGAGCCCGUCGUAGUGCAG